CGGUUCGAUUUCUGUUUACCUUUAGCAACGUACAAGCAGAGAAGUGGCUUUUUGUUUACAGUACAUUCUGCCACUCCAACCGAUCACAAGAUCAACAGGAUUUCACCGUGAAUCAGUUUCUCCGUCAAGAUGUGGUUUGAAGUUCUGCUCUGCCUCUUCAUAAGCGAUGCAGGAACGUUUGGAAAAGCCAGAAUUUUAUUUCCAAUCGAAUCCUCAGAAUCGUUAUGCAACAGUGAACUCGGCAUGCAAGCUAACUGGAUCCAAGACGCGGCCAUUACCGCUUCGUCGAUUCGCGACCUUGAACACGAUCCUGGGCGAGCACGUCUCCAUGGUAACGGAGCGUGGAGGCCGCUGAUUCAAAGCGCCGAUCAAUUUUUGCAGAUUCAUUUCGACGACGAAACUAACGUGUCAGCGGUGGCCAUUCAGGGGCAUCCUGAAAACGAGUUCUGGGUGUCGAAGUAUUCGUUGUCAUUUAGCAUGGACGCUAAGCGCUGGGAGGAUCAUUCUGAGGUUUUUGACGGCAGCAAAAAUAAGCACGAGAUUACAACAUCUCAACUGGAAGAGCCAAAAAUGGCGCGGUUUCUGCGAGUCAAGCCAAUAGAGUGGCAUGGUGACAUUGCUCUUAGAGUCGAGAUUUAUGGCUGCAUGCGAGGUGAGCUGUUUAUUCCAACUUAUUUUUUUGUGGGCUGUAGUCGAGGGUCGUCGGAAUACGGUCGGUGAAUUCGUGGCCCUUUCGAUCGGUAUCCCGACUCCGAGAAUCCAUCGAGCACGCAGUUUAGAUGGCGUACUCUUAUGACGACAAAAUCACGUGCCAACUUUUAGAGACCACGUGCUACUGAUUUCUGGUUUUCAUUCUAAAGCUCUUGAAGAG